GGAAGGGAAAGGAGGAAAAGAUGGGUCGCACGCACGCUCCCAGGAAGGGUCUGUCCCAGUCAGCGCUGCCUUACCACCGCAGUGUCCCCACCUGGCUGAAGCUGACUUCUGACGAUGUGAAGGAGCAGAUCUACAAACUGGCCAAGAAGGGUCUCACGCCCUCCCAGAUUGGUGUGAUCCUGAGGGACUCCCAUGGUGUCUCUCAAGUGCGCUUUGUGACGGGCAGUAAGAUCCUGAGAAUCCUGAAGUCCAAGGGACUUGCACCUGACCUGCCUGAGGACCUCUACCACUUAAUUAAGAAAGCUGUUGCCGUCAGGAAGCAUCUGGAGAGGAACAGAAAGGAUAAGGAUGCCAAAUUUCGUCUGAUUCUGAUAAAGAGCCAUAUUCACCGGUUAGCUCACUAUUAUAAGACCAAAUGAGUCCUCCCCCUCAACUGGAAAUAUGAAUCAUCCACAGCCUCCGCCUUGGUUGCUUAAAUGUGCGUGUACCCAAACAAUAAAAGCCUUUAACUAGAAAAUAAAAGAAAGAAAGAAAGAAAGAAAGAAAGAAAGAAAGAAAGAAAGAAAGAAAAGCAAGGAGGAAGAGAGAAGGGAAUGCUUUAGCCUGUGCUUGCCAUUCUGAUCACCUCUAAAAUGACCUUGUGACCCCAGGGUGUUUUCUAGAAGAAACCAUUCUAGUAAUGGAAUUUGGAAAGAUGUCUUAGGAUAAGCCUGCUGCUCAUGUAUCAGGAAUUGAACUCAGUGCUUCUGGCAUGGAAAGCAUGUACCCUAACCACUGAGCUACGCCCAUGGUACCAACAUUCUUGCCAGUUUCAUUGGUCCCCACUGUUUUUGUUUUCACUUAUGGAAGACAAAGAGGAAGAAACAAAAAAAAAAAAAAAAAGAAAGAAAAGAAAAAAAAAAAAAGAGGAA